CACCGAACCGGAUAUUUUAUGCUUCUUCUUCCGGCUUGUGUAUUGAAGCCGGUCAAGAUGGCGUCUCAGCAGCAGCAGGCUGGCGGGCCGAUGUCUCAGCCCGGAUUACAACAGCCCACUGCGUUACAACAGCAACAGCAGCAGCUGAGCCAACAGCAAGACUUUGACCCGGUUCACAGAUUCAAGAUGCUGAUUCCGCAGCUGAAGGAGAGUCUGCAGAAUGUAAUGAAGAUCGCAUCCCUGAAUUUGGCCCAUAACACCACAAUUGACAACGGCAUCAAAAGCAGUGACACCUCGGUUCAGCGAUUUGACAAGAGCCUAGAGGAGUUUUAUGCCCUUUGCGACCAGCUGGAGCUCUGCUUGCGGCUGGCAUACGAGUGCCUCUCCCAGAGCAUCGACAGCGCCAAACAUUCACCUAACCUGGUCCCAACAGCCACCAAGCCGGACACGGUGCAGACAGAGUCCAUGUCUUACGCCCAGUAUCUCGGCAUGAUCAAGUCUCAGAUCUCCUGCGCUAAAGAUAUCCACAAUGCUCUGCUGGAGUGCUCCAAGAAGAUCGCAGGAAAGGGACAGCCUCAAGGAAUCAUGUAGACGCCGAUUAACUUUGCCAACUCUUCCUACAUCUGGUGACAUUUUUGAGAAGGAUGAUGGAUUUCAUAUUCAGAUCCCAGUUUUGGUCAAGAUGCUGUUUCAUUUUGUCAAGAUCCUGUAUAUUUGGUUACAACCUUUUUUUAAAAAGUUCUGUUCCUUGUAAACACUGUAUAAAUAUUCCAGACAGUCAUGUGCUAAGAUGACCAGCAGAUGGCGGCAGAGUUGUAACUGCCAACUCAAUAUUCACAAGUUUUUUUGUAGCUUAUUUGUAUUGUAUAUUAAAACCUUUGCACUGAUA